UCGUUGUGCGAGUGCGACUGCCCCUACCAAUGGAUUACACCAGAGUAUUUCUACUGUUCUGCCUCAGUGCGUUGAUGCUGUUCGGUGCUUCGAUUGCAGCCACAGAAACGGAAGUGGAAACGGAUCUGGAUGCGGAGCCGAGCCCCGUUCAGCUUCUGGAGGCUGGAGAGACCGACCAGACCGAAGCGGCAGAUGAGAACGUUCGCAAGGUUCGCCAGUUCUUUGGGCCGCCCCCGCCUCCGCCCUUCUUUGGACCACCCGCGCCACCCUAUUACGGCGCCUAUGGGGGUGGUUUCGGUGGGGGCUAUGGCGGUGGCUUCCAGCGGACUCGGGUCAUAACACGCACCCGCUACCGCGGCAGAGGAGGCUACUACGGCGGUGGCUUCUAUGGCUAGGAGAGAUCGUGAGAUCGGGUGAUUGCGAUGCUGAUUUUGUGAUUUUGUGAUUCAAUAAACUUCAAUAAAUGUU